ACGUCUACAUAUUCUUGAGGUAUUAUUCCCUUUGACUUUUCUUGAAGUUUUUAUAAUUCUAUAUAAUGUUUUUUAGGGUUUUGGUUCUUAAAUGAAUAAAGAAAACAAAUUUCCUGGGCGGGAAAGAAGCAGACAUACUUGCUGGUAAGAUGAGUAUGGUACAGUUGCAAGGGCGGGACCAGUUGCUGAUAGCACAAAAUGAAAUGCUCAAGGCGUUGAUUGCUAGUUCGGUUUCAAAAGGGAAUUAUAGAUCUGUGAAGGAUAUCACAUACUUCGUGUUGACUAUUGGUUUUGUGAUGGGUGUUACUUUGGCUGCAAUAUUGGGAGUUUCAUUUGGUUCCAUAGUCACACUGUUCACUAAGGACAUUGGAGUAUUGGCGAUUGCUAGAACCGGGGUUUUGUUUGUGAGUGCUAGUCAGCCUUUGAAUGCUUUUGCUUUUAUUGUUGAUGGUUUGCAUUAUGGAGUUUCAGACUUCCCGUAUGCUGCUUAUUCCAUGGUAUGCUUUUUUUUAGACAUGAAUAUAAAAUUACAUAUUUGCCCUUGGAUUAAUAUGUUUUCACUGUAGAUGCUUGUUGGGAUUUUAUCGUCUGUAAUUGCAACUUGUUAUGAGAUGGUAUUACCACAUUUUUCAUACUAAUACUAAUUACUAAGGCAGAUUUCAUUUGAAGUGUCUCUUGGAUUAAUAAUAGCACAAUGUUUAUCAGGCCAAAACCAUUGCAUUUUGCAAUAGUUGAUGAACUUGAUUAUGUCCUAAUUGAUGAGGGAAGAAACCCAUUGCUGAUAAGGGGUGAGGUAUGUCUUCUUACUUUGAGUGCUGUACGGAUAAAUGAUGUUUAAAAAAUAUUUGGGAAAGUAAACAAAAGGAACUAGUUACUUAACAACUUUGAUAUUUUGAUAUGCAUCUCAUUCUCAGGCUAGCAAGGAUGCUGCACGUAACACAGUUGCUGCUAAAGUAGCUGAGCUUCUCAUGUGUGGCCUCGUAUUUUACUUUUUUGCCCUUCUUUUUCCUUUUUGAUGUCUUGUUAUCCAUCUCCAUUGUAUGCGUAUCUCAUUGUUUGUUCCGCUACACAUCAUGUAAAUUUAUAUAUUGUAACAAAUAGAAUUGUAAGACAUUAAAUUUUAUGAAAUGGAUUAUAU